CCAGAACAACAUUCAGACAGAGCAGCCUUCAGGGGCCACCACGAUGCCCAUCCCUGUCUUCCCACUCCCCCUGCCUCUGCCAUCCCUGCUCUUGCCUCUCCUGCUGGGACUCACAGGAGCGGCAGGUGCGGAGGAGCUGCAGGUGAUUCAGCCUGAGAAGUCAGUAUCCUUCGCAGCCGAAGAGACGGCCACUCUGCGCUGCACCCUGACCUCCCUGCUCCCCGUGGGGAACGUCCAGUGGUUCAGGGGGACAGGGCCAGGCCGUGAAUUAAUCUACAGUUUCAAAGGAGGCCACUUCCCCCGAGUAACAAAUGUAGGAGACUCCACAAAGAGAAACAACACGGACUUUUCCAUUCGCAUCAGUAAAACCACCCCAGCAGACGCCGGUAUCUACUACUGUGUGAAGUUCCAGAAAGGGAGCCCUGAUGACGUGGAGUUUAAGUCUGGACCAGGCACCAAGUUGUUUGUGCGUGCUAAGCCCUCUCUUCCAGAGGUCUCUGGUCCCUCAAACAGGGCCAGCCCAGGAGAUGAAGUGAAUCUAACCUGCACAUCAACUGGCUUCUUUCCCAAAAAUAUAUAUCUGAAAUGGUUUGAAAAUGGAGUGGAGCUUCCAGCCCGUCAGACUGACAUCUUCCCACCUGGAGACGCUUUCUCCUACACCAUCAUCAGCACCACCCUGGUGACUCUUGCCCUCUCCUCACUCCACUCCCAGGUCACCUGCCAAGUGGCUCACAGUGAAUUGCAGAGCCCCCUCAGUAGCCAUGUGAACAUCUCCAAAUUCCUCCACGUUGUGCCCACAGUGAAUGUAUCGAUACACCGUGUCCCAAGUCUCCAGGCGGCCAUCCUCGCCUGCCAUGUGCAAAGGUUUUACCCCGAAGGCAUACAAAUCACCUGGAUGCAGAAGAACGGAUGUUUCCAGACCUGUGAGGCUGUCACCCCCACCAAGAACCCAGAUGGUACAUUCAGCCAAGACAGUCAUCUCCUGGUCAACGCCUCAGAGGACAAAGGGCUGUUCACCUGCCAAGUGGGGCGUGAGGCUCAGACAUGGGUCCAGGCCAGCGUGCAGCUGAACGAGUUUAGAGAAAAGCAAGCGAGUUGGGGUGCCAUAGCAUCCAGCUCCCUCUUUGGGACCCUCCUCCUGCUUGGCUGGAAGCUGAUUCCCCUGAUUGCACUUUCCAUCAUCUACGUCCUCAGGAGGAGCCUCCCUUCCAGGAGGACUGACCCAGGAGGGACACUUGCCGUGAUGCCUGCAGCUGCUACCGCAGCUUCUCCCGCCUCAUCCGCCCUCUGAGACC